UUUAUCACACUUGCCGAACAUUUACUGAUACAGAGCAGCCUCAAUGAGUUCUACCCUUCUGCUAUUGCUUUGGGCAAUGUCACCAAUGAAAACACACAUCCUUUCACAACUUUCACUCUCGACAAGAACACUCCCGUGGCGACUCUGGACUAUGGAUAUGAGGUUGCUGGAUACCCCUUCUUCCGAGUUUCCAGCUUCACGGGAAAGGUUCAGCUCGAAUUUAGGUACACUGAGGAUCUGGGAGACAUAGACCUGCCUUUCUCUGACGGACCGUUUUCCUUUGGCCAAGGUCUUACCAACAGCUACAGGGUAGAAACUUUCGAGGUCACUUCGGCAUGUCAACUGGAAUCCUACCUUGCUCAAGGUGGUCAGCGCUGGCAAACGAUACGCUUGCUUACGUCAGGCUCUGUAACCAUCUCCAAGGUCGGUUUCAAAGCAACCGUCGACAAGCUUGACUACAACAGACUGCCUGGACAGUUCACUUCAUCGAAUCCUCUGUAUAACGAGAUCUGGAAACUUGGAGCUAGAGCCGCUGGUGCUUCUUGUUUUGCAGCGGGUGCGUACAAGACCAUAUGGGAAACCUCCCUUGACAACGGCGUACUUAUCAGAGGGACUCGCGCUGGUCUUACUACAAAGGCGGAAGAUUUCACAAACUACAACCUCACCUUUUCCGCCAAGAUCCAGCGUGGUGGACUUGGAUGGUCGAUGGCUUACCCGGUUAGCACCAGAUUUGGUGGUAUUCAGCUCAAUGUAGUCGGCAACUAUCCCAAAUCCACUACUUACGCCAACGUUAACAAGACUCUGUUGCCACCCAACUCAAUCGCUCUGGGCUAUGGCUUUAAUUUGGUCAACCAGACUACGCUUACUUCAUACUACCUCGACAACUUCAAGGUUCCGUUCCAGGUCAAAGAAGGACAGUGGUACUCUGUGUCUGCAAGAAUGUAUGACGGAAACUACCUUGCCGUCUCAGUCAACGGGGCCAAGGUAUUCAAUGUCACUUUAGACAACUACUAUACCGGAGCUACCCCUGCGACUACAACAGGUUCCUUUGGUUUUGGCGGCUGGCAAGAUCAAGCUGGCUAUGUCAAGAAUGUCAAAGUGUUGGCGAGCAACGGCACUACCAUCUACACUAAUACCAUGACCGAUGAUUCUAUUCUGCCCGAAUUCGGAGUCCAGUCGAACACGGCUGACAUUUGCAUGGAUGGUGCUAAACGAGAUAGACUUGUCUGGCUCGGCGACUUCUACCACACUGCCGGAAUUAUUAGCACCUCGACCAAUCGCAAGGACUAUUCUGCAGGCACUCUCCAAACAUUCUUGGAUUGGCAGCUACCUUCUGGUCAACUUCCUCUCAACACACCUAUUGGUUAUCCGGGGAACGCAACCCUUACCUUUGCCGGUUUCGACGAAGCUGAGGGCGGCUACUUCUAUUUCCUCGAGGAUUACCAUAUUCUCGGUUUGCUUGCCUUUGGCUCUCACAUGCGCUAUAACAACGAUAUCGAGUUUGCCAAGAAGAACUGGGCGCAGUGGAAACUCGCAGUACAGUAUCUCAUUGGCAAGAUCGACAAGUCUACGGGUAUCGUGACCGUGGGCUUCGCCUUCUUUGGAGAUGGUGCCGGUUUGGCGGUCAACUCUGCUUCCGUACAAGCCUUCAAGGAACUAGCCGAUGUUGCUAUUGCCGUUGGAGACAGUAGUUCAGCCCAAGCUUGGACUGCAGUCGCCAGAAACUUGACUUCGACCAUCCAAGCCAAGUUCUGGCAGCCUAGUCUCGGCCAUUUCAGCGACAAUCCUCAGAACAUGACCAAGCUCUCCGCCCAAGGGCUUGCUUUCGUCGUUACUUCUGGUAUUGCAUCAGCGUCCCAAGCGACUUCCUGCAUGAACGCUUUGACUGCCUUGAAGCUCUCUCCUGGCUAUAAAGACACAACCGACGUGUCAUCGAACGGUAUCGUCGACAUCUCGCCCAACACAAACGGAUUUCUUCUUCCCGCCCUCUUGCAAUCAAACCGCACAGCUGAAACAAAAUACCUCUUCGACAACCUCUGGGCUGCCAUGAUCAAGAACGACUCCACGCACAGUGGUGCAUCCUGGGAAUACGUAAACACGAAUCUGCAACCGGCGCUCUCUCGCUACACCAGUCUUUCGCACCCUUGGGGAGGAGCGCCUACCUACAUCAUGACCGAGUACGUUGCUGGUAUCAGACCUGUGACUUUCGGAUACAAGACGUGGGUCAUUGCGCCGGGAUACACAGGCUUUGAUCUCAAGUCUGCUAGUGCGCAGGUGACAACACCAUAUGGUGUGCUGAAGGUACAGUGGAGUGUGGCGAACGGCAAGAUCAAUGCAGUCGUCAAUGCACCGGCUGGCACUUCUGGUACUUUUGUCAUCAACAGGGCAUUGGCAAACUCGACAAAGGUCAACACGGUCGUGCAAAUCCAAGGUGGUAUCUUGCCCAAAGUCCUUUGUCUGGAUCUGUGA